AGUAGUAGUAUGGUCGUUUAUUUACAAAGUUUGAUGCAGUGAUCGUGUUCUUGGUAAUCAAAAGCUUGAUGUACUGCCGAGGUCGUGGAAUUCUCUUUAACACUAGCCAACUUCCCACCCUCACCCCCCGGAGUGACAAACAGCCCGCCUUAACCAACGUUUGAGAAUCUCCCCCCAAACAAAUGAACCAAAAUCAACCAUACGAGGCUAGCGGCAGACACUCGCACAAACACUCACCCUCACCCCACCAAUAUCUCCUCCCUAGCUACGGUUAGAUAAACGAAAUACUAUCACCAAAUUUGUGCGUUUAAUCGUGUUUAAAAUAUUAUCCUGGAGAAAAAAAAAUUACACAAAAUCUCGGCUGGUGGUGAGCGUUACGGGAGGUAAUAUUGCGUCAAGUAUGGUUGCUGCUCGCCGCCAUUUCCUAAAUCCGCGCCAGAUUUUUACACCACCAUCUCACAUUCUCACUGCGGCUCAUAUAGAAGUUUUGAGUCGGGAAUAAAACUCAUCUGUAAACCUCGGGGAAAGACACGGAAAUUAACCCUCGGUAAAACAACUCGAUACAUUGCCUGGCGGUGGUGGUAGGGAGGUGAGUGAUGGCAACAUGGUCGUAAUAAUACAGAUGUAAGCGACCCAGCAACACUUGUAUAGCCUGAGAGACAGACAAACAUUAGCAUCUGCUUGUCUAUCGCUGUCUAACGUUCCCUGUCUACCGUCCACAAAAGUCAUCGGGGCGCUCAUGCCAGACAUACAGACCACGUGAUGAUGGUGCAGUCAGUCUCCUGCUGCAGCCGCUACUCCCGGAGAUGUGCUCUAGCCGUAAACCGCUAUUGUUGUGAGCCCAGUGUUGUUCUGGAGUGAGUGUGUGAACCAGCUUCAUUGUAAACUGAACCAGUGUUGUAGUGAACAGUAUGUACUAGUGCUAUACAAUGUGAACCAAUAUUGUAAAUUGUGAACCAGUGUUGUGAUCCGUGUGAACCAGUGUUGGUGUAUGCUCAGUGUUAUAAACUCAUUUGAACCAGAGACGUGACCGAUCGCCCAAGCGGCUAACAAGGCGAUCAGUGGCGAAGAGGAUAAAAGUAAAAAGUAAAAGUAUUGUGAAUUAGGGUUGUGAACUGCCAACUAGUUGUUUGAAUUAAAUACAAACCAGUGUUGUAAAGAGUGAUCAAGUGUUCUCAUAAACGGUGUGUUGUAGACUAAAUUUGAACCAGUGUUGUGAACCGGUGGUUGUAAAAUCUCGCUAUAAACCAGUAUGGCUACAACCUCAGUGUAAACCAGUGAUGUUGUAAACUCAAUGUUGUUGUAAAGACACUACGAACCUAGGAGUGAGUGAGGAUGGAGCCCCUGGAGCUGGUGCCAGGCCGCUACAUAGGGGAGGGUCAGCCAUGCUUCGUCAUCGCUGAGAUCGGCCAGAACCAUCAAGGCGACAUGGAGCUGGCCAAGACCCUCCGGCAGGCUAAGGAAUGUGGUGCAGACUGCGUGAAGCUCCAGAUGUCUUCCCUGCCUCACAAGUUCAACAAACAGGCCCUCAGUCGCCCCUACAACUCCGAGCACGCCUGGGGGGAGACCUACGGUGACCACAAGAAACACCUCGAGUUCUCCCGCGACCAACUCCACGAACUGCAGGAGUACGCUACCCAACACGACAUACCCCUCACCGCCUCCGCCAUGGACAUCCCGUCACUUUAUGUGCUACACGAGCUGAACGUUCCCUUCAUCAAGGUUGGUUCUGGCGACAUACACAACCUGCCUCUCCUCCGUACCGCCGCCGCCUGUAGCAAACCUCUCGUGGUGUCCACAGGCAUGUCGGACAUAGCUUGGGUGUCUCAGGUGUAUGAGGAGCUGACCAUCCAGGACCCGCCAACACCCCUCGUCUUCCUGCAGUGUACCUCCGCCUACCCCUCACCGCCCGAACAGACUCACCUGCGGGUGCUGGACACGUACGCCCAGAUGUUCCCUCACGCCCACAUCGGUUACUCUGGGCAUGAGCUGGGUAUCCACGUGACCAUCGCGGCUGUGGCUCGUGGGGCUCGGGUGGUGGAGCGUCACCUCACUCUCAACAGGACGUGGAAGGGCAGCGACCACUCGUGUUCCCUGGAACCUCAUGACCUCAGAGAACUCAUUAAGGCCAUCAGGAGUGUGGAAGCAGCCCUCGGUAGCCCUCUCAAGGCAUUUCAGCCGAGCGAGGAGGCGUGUUUCAUGAAACUUGGCAAGACCCUGGUGGCCGCCCGACCAAUCCGAGCGGGACAGAUGCUGGAGGAAGACGAUCUGGUGGCGAAAGUGGCUGAACCCCGAGGUAUUCCCGCUCAGAGGCUUGGGUCACUAGUGGGCGGCUACCUUAACAGAGACGUAGAACAAGACGAGAGCAUUAUGGAGGCUGAUGUCUUGUGAGAACUUUUUAUGUGUGUGCCAUAAUCAAGUAUGUGUUUGUUGUGGGUGCUCCCCCCAAAACCCCUGAUAUAGCCUCGUAUACGUGUGUUAUCAGUGUACACAUGUGAUACGAAUUUAAGAACUAAUAAUGUGCAAGUCUGUCGUCAACUGACAUAAAAAAAAAACUAAUGGAUGUUGUGCUGUGAGAAUGUUCAUGACUGAUUCAUUCACUUGACAUCUGAGUGUGUGUUCUCGUGUGAUGUGGGAAAGAAGUGUUUGUUUCCCUUUGUCAUACAUCCAGACCUGUGUUGUGAAUGUCUGUGAAGAUUUAAAUAAUACGUUACAAGCGUACAAGUGAUUCGUUGGUGUGGACGAGGUACAAAUGGUCAACACAGAUACUACGAACAACAGUUGUGGGUGAGAAACAACACAAAACCAUAACUUAAAAAUAAUAAUUCUCCUAUAUUAAAAAAUGAAGAGGGUAAGACUCAUUAAAGACGACAUUAACUUUUCAUUAAUGUGACCAAACAUGUAUUGUUGCAGCUGAGAAUAACGGAGACAAACAUGUUAUUUUUUUACCCUGCUUCAUACUGCAUGUCUGAAUAUUUGUUAAUCUUGUUUUUGGUUUUUUUAUCACUAUUAAUUGCACAUUUAGCUUGUAGACUUAUACGUGUACACCACCAGUUAGGGUAAUGUACCUUGUGAUCAUACUUAACCUUUUAUAAAUAUAUAUAUAUAU